AAUUUAAAGAAGGGGUUGAAGGAUCGAUAAGCCCCGAAGGGGUUUACCAACUGCCGGUGGAUCGAUCGAUAAUUUCGCAAACGGCAUCCGCUGCUUUAUAAUGAAUUAGAGCGAAACAGCGCGAAAGUGAGGGAGGUAUUAGGCCACGUCGACAUUUGUUCUGUUUCGAUUGAUAAGUAGGUAUAUAGAUAGCUUGUUGUGAGUGUGCAACAGUGAUCGAUGCGUGUCAUUAGUGACAGUUUAUCGUUUUGUCAAAAGUUUCAAGUGUUUUUUACAAAUUUUCCGUAUGAUGAAACAUUUCCAAAAACUUUUGGUAUGAAUUCGUUAUGUCAAGUAAGAUGGAACCCGAAGAAAACGAAAUAUCUCUGGAUUCCAAUGUCUCAGGAACAUCUGCGGGAAUGUCAGUUCCUAUGGAAAAGCAUAACCUGAAAGUUCGAAGAAGAAAUGUAAUCGAGCCAGUGAAUUUUUCAUCGAAUGAAGAACAAAAUUUGGAGUCCGAACGUGACGUUCCUCUUGUAAGAAUGUCUGAUUCUACGAAGGCAUGGUACGAUAAUGUUAUACCACAAAUACCUGAUAUCGCGGACUUUAGUUUAUCAGGUAAACAAAACGGAGUGUUAAAUCGCGAAGACGAUAGCAAUUUAUUAGAACAUGAUUUUGGUGAUACAGAGACAUUGACUAGUAGAGAACGGAUGAAGAUAAGCGUUAUUCGGGGAAGCGUUGCUAAUCCGAAUUUGACAUUAGGAGAACUCAAAUUAUUGGGUUGCAGCAGUGAGGGUUUCGUUCAUGAUGAUAUACGAAGAGUAUUGUGGCCAAAACUUUUGAGACUUUCUGAAGAAAGUAGGCUUUCUAUGGAUGAAUUAGAAACUAUACACAAUCAUAUACCAAAUGAAGUGUAUCAACAAAUAUUAAAGGAUGUAGCACGUAGUGGUAGUCAUAUUUCUGAAAAUGCCACACAAGAUGAAAUAGAUCAUUUUCAUGAACAAUUAACACAAAUAAUGUGUUGGGUUCUUCAUAAACAUUCUACAUUGAAUUAUUACCAGGGAUAUAAUGACAUAGCAGCAACUAUUUUACUUGUCAUGGGCCUAGAAAAGGGUUUACGUGUACUUGAAAGUAUUUCAUUGGAGUUCCUUGAAAGAUUCAUGGAAAGAACAAUGGAAAAAGUAAACCAAGAAUUAUUUUACAUAUUUGCACUGUUAGAAAGAGUGCAUCCUACUUUAUUAGAACAUUUGGAAAAUGUAGAAUUAUUCCCACAUUUUGCAUUGGCUGAAUAUACAACAUGGUACGCGCACAAAUAUGCAGAAAAUAGAAAAUUAUUACACAGAUUGUUUGAUUAUUUUCUUGGUAGUCCUCCAUUGAUGCCUCUUUAUCUAAGUACUGUGAUUGUAGCACAUAGGGCUACAGAAAUUUUUAAUACCACUCCCGAUAUGGGUCAUACGCAUAAAGUUUUAUGUACUUUACCAGAUGAUUUGCCUUUUGAAACACUUCUACUCGAAGCAAAACUUUUAUACCGUCAGUAUCCUCCCGAAUCUAUAAGUAACGAUGUUAUAGAAUACGAUCAAAAAAGGAAACACAAAGAACAAGAAUGGAAGGCAAAGGCCGAAGCAAGUCGUCAAGAGAGAGAAAGGCAGAAUCAACUCCGAAUCGUGCAAUCAAAUCGAAGAAUACCGUAUCGUAUUAGAAGUUAUAAAACGAUCACAGUAGUAACGAUUCUGGCUCUAGGAUUAUAUGCUUUCUUUAGAACAUCAUCUGGACUUAACUGACAUUAAAUGAAUUUAUUUAAAAAGUAGAUCCAUUUAUAUGUCCUCCAAACAGAUUUUCAUUUUACUCAUGUACCGUUAUAAUAAUUUAAUCAGAAUUUUUGGAGACAUUAACAAAAUGGAAAGGCUUAUUGAAUGAAAGAAAUCUUAUUGAAUAAUGAUUGAAUGAAUCUGUUUUUGAAUGUGUAACAAGAAGUAAUUUGAGCAUUCCUGUGCUGCCUUUAUGCUGUGUUCUUUAAAGACCAAUAUCAAGCUUCUGUGCACAUAUGUUUACAGUGUUUGAAAUGUGAACAAAAAUUUAUAGAAAGGUGAAUAAUGUAUACAGUUAUGAAAGGCGAUAUUUCUGCAAUAUGAAUAUUUUGAAAUACACAAGCAAAUUUAAAGUUUGAUGAAUUAUUGUUUAAGAUUAGGAUCUAACCAGGCAUAGGCAUGAAAUCACUCAAAAAACGGCUCUAUCUUCUGGCUUGUUUGGGUGGUUCUUUUUAUUCGGUGGAUAACGGGAAAGAACUCGUUGCGAUUAUGCGACCUCUCGAAAAUGAGAAUUAUAGUGGGAAAUAUCCUCUCUGUCUUUUACUAAAUCGUUGCUAAACCCUUGCUAAGCUCAAAGAGCACUCAUACUCGAUUUACUACUUGCUAUUCAUGCCUGGCUUAGAUUCGUGAUGCAAGUAUGUGUUUAUUCAAAUUUACAAAGAACAACCUAAAUAGAAUAGAAACCAUUAAUAAAAAAAACACAAUUUUUUAAUUUUAUUUAUUUCUAUUCACACUUAUCUGUUUUUCAUUCGAUUUUUAUCGAAAUUUUAUUACUAGAAAUGUAUAAUAUAUUUGUAAACAAUUUAUGCUGUUAAAUCUUGAAUACUUUGAUUUUCAAUAUAUUUAAUUGUAUUACGAAUAAAAAUUACACAAUAUGUUUAACAAAUUUGUACCUGAGAUAUUGAAGUAAGAAAAAUAUACUAAUAGAAUUUAAUACAUUAUACACAUACUAUUGUAGAGAACAGAAAUGGUUGUUUAUAAGGUUAUUUAUCUCUACCAAAUAAAUCAUGUAUGUAUAAAAAUUAAAA